AUGACAUCCACAACCACCACUGCAGCAGCAUCCUCAACAACCUGUGGCGGCUCCGGCCAGUACGAACUUCCUGUUAAGUAUGCAGCUUGCGGCAUCCCAAACAUCAAAAACUACCAAUCUCUCUUUGAUGACUGCGCGAAGCCUGCCGGUCCCCGAUCAUACUACCACGAUUGUGCUCUAUGGGCUUAUGCUAUAGACCAGUCCGUCCAGAACCUCACCGAUUGCCUGUACAAAGCUGGGGUGGCCUGGGAAGAUGUUUGGUGCACUGGUGAGACCAAUGCCACUGCAACUGUGACGUCGUAUCCUACAGCGACGGCUACAGGGACAUUGGUUACAAAGAGUGAGGAAGCGACGGGGACUGGAAGUUCGACUUCUUCUACUGCUUCUGAGACGGGUUCGAAGACCAAUGCGGCGUAUUCUUGUCGCGGUCAGGUUUCUACUAAGCUUGCGUUGGGACUGUUGGGGCUUGUUGUGACAGGGGCAAUGAGUUGGGUUUAG